GGGUGAGUGAACUAGGUGCCCAGAAAGUCGCUGCACUGAAGCCCGACGCCUCUGGUAGCCAGUGGUGGAGCAGUGAGGAGCUGGUUUUGUUGCUGCGUUUUUACCGGAGAAGCCUGGCUGCGUUAACUCUCGCAAAAACAAGCCCUUAGACAACUCAGAACAAAAUCCAGAGAUGGAGGUGGGCUCCACAGAAGCCAGCAGCAGCUCCCAGGGAGGCACCGGCUGGCUGGACCUUACCCUCGUCACCUGCACCGAAACGGUGACUUUCACUGAGGUGGUGACAGAAGAGGAGUGGGGAUCCUUUUACUACUCUUUUAAGACAGAGCAGCUGGUGACUCUUUGGAUUCUUUUUAUUGUCACAAUUGCUGGAAACUCUAUUGUGCUCUUCUCUACCUGGAGGAGGAAGCGGAAAUCUCGAAUGACCUUCUUCGUUACACAGUUGGCAAUCACAGAUUCGUUCACGGGACUCAUAAACAUAAUGACAGACAUCAUUUGGCGUUACACUGGAGAUUUCAUGGCCCCUGAUAUUGUUUGCAGAGUCGUGCGCUACUUCCAGGUGGUCCUUCUAUACGCCUCGACUUACGUCCUUGUGUCACUAAGCAUCGACCGGUACCACGCCAUAGUUUACCCAAUGAAAUUCUUGCAAGGAGAAAGACAGGCGAAAGUUCUUAUUGGAGUGGCCUGGAGCCUCUCUUUCCUGUUUUCCAUACCGACUCUGAUUAUUUUUGGGAAACGGCAGCUCUCCAAUGGAGAAGUGCAGUGCUGGGCUCUCUGGCCUGAUGACUCCUACUGGAUACCCUACAUGACGGUGGUGGCUUUCCUGGUGUACUUCAUUCCUCUGAUCAUCAUCAGCGUCAUAUACUCAAUCGUGAUUCGAACCAUCUGGAUGAAGAGCAAAGCUCAGGCUGUCAUCAUAUCCAGCUGCCCUGGUGGCAAAACCUCUGCUGGCUACACCAGUCGUGGGUUCAUAUCCAGGGCGAAAGUGAAAGCCAUCAAGUACAGCAUCGUAAUUAUCCUUGCAUUUGUCCUCUGUUGGAGCCCUUACUUUCUUUUUGACAUCCUGGACAACUUCAACAUACUCCCUGAGACCAAAGAGCGCUUCUACGCAUCCGUGAUCAUUCAGAACCUGCCAGCCCUGAACAGUGCCAUCAACCCCCUCAUCUACUGCCUCUUCAGCAACCGCCUCUGCCCCCCUUUCGAGGAAAGAAGAACUCGAAGGCUGGGGGGUACUUUCCGGGAGCGGAGCGAUGGAGGGCAGGAGAUGCAGGUCCUGUCCAAACCAGAAUACAUCUAGCACAGAAGAUGCUCUGCAAAAGCUACACCAGGACCUGUACCGAGGGCAGCAGAGGUCCCCCAUCGAGCCCCAUGCACCACGAGUAGAUGGACACUAACUGGAAAGAGCUCACACCUCACUGCUGCUGAGCAGCACACGUAUUUUGGGCUGGCACUGCAGCUUCAGCGAUCACACACUGCCGGUGCCAAACUCAGUAUGAGGGGUUUGCAUGCCAGAGUUGUGGGGGUUCAUCUUGGCCUUCUGUUUUCAAGUAAGCUGUAAUAUAGAUGUACUCCAAAUGGCAAAAAACUGGUGUCUAGUCAGUCUUCUCUACUUUUCAGGAGUCACUGAAAGUCAUCUACUGUACCA